AUGUCACCAAUCAACGGCGUGAUUCAAAUCCAGGGUGAUAUAACUGACAAUUACACAGCCAAGCGAAUAAUUGACGUUUUUGGAACGUUAGCUGAUCUUGUUGUCUGUGAUGGUGCUCCUGACGUAACUGCGCGUCUGCCAUUCACUUGA